GCAUUUUAUUGGUUCCACUGCCAAAUUGUCCCCUCGCCAAAUGGGUUUAAUGACAGGAGCACCCAGACCGAACAAACAUGUCACAUCAGCCAACAUCUGUUGCUAGCAUGGCGGAGGUUCCAGCGGAGUCACCGACGACGAGUUGCGGCCACACGUCACGCAGCCGAAGCAAAUGGCAGCAAGGAUGGGUUCGCGACAGGUGGCCAUGGUGUGGUUCCGCAAGGCGCUACGGGUGGACGACAACCCGGCGCUGGCGGCGGCGGCGGAUGCGGCAGCCGCGGUGGUUCCUGUCUUUGUCCUCGAUCCGCACCUGCUCACCCGGGCGUACGUCGGCGACACCCGGCUAGUCUUCCUCCUGGAGUCGCUGUUGGCGCUGGACUCGUCGCUGCGGGCGCUCGGCUCGCAGCUGCUGGUGAUCAAGGGCACGCCGGAGAAGGGAGCGCUGGACACACUUCAGGCGCUGUGGCGCGAGGUCGGGGCCGACUCGCUCCACUUUGAGGCCGACUACGAACCAUACGCCAAGAUCCGCGACGCCAAGGCGACACGGAUGGCGGCCGAUGACAAGCUCGCGGUGGAGACGAGCGAGCCCAACCUGAUCUAUCCGAUGGAAGUGUGGGAGAGUGUGCCGGAUGCCGCGCUACCGACGACGUUUGGUGGGAUGAGGAAGCUGAUCGCCAAGCGCGGGUGGCAGCCGCAGGCGCCGAUUGAGGCGCCGACAGAGCUGCCACCGCUGCCUCAGGCUGCGGUCGACGCGGUAGCAAAGGAUACUGAGCGGUUUGCUGUUCCGGGUAUGGCUGCGUUUCCUGGGCGAAGCGAGGGCGACGGCAGCUCGCGCGCGUUUCCGGGCGGUGAGGCCGAGGCGCAAGAGCGGAUGCGUGCGUUCCUUGCGGACGUGGACCGAGUUGUGACGUUUGAAAAGCCCAAGACCAAUCCAUUCGCCGAGCCGCCAUCUACUACGGGCCUUUCUGCACAUCUCAAAUUUGGCACGCUCUCUGUGCGGCGGUUUUACGAGCAGCUGCGAGCGGUGGAGGAGAAGAGCAAGCGGAGUGUGAGUCAGCCGCCGGUCUCGCUGGUGGGCCAGGUCCUGUGGCGCGAGUUUUACACAGUGGUUGGGAGCCGGACGCCAGGCUACGAGGCGAUGGCCACCAAUCCGCUCUCCCGCAUCAUUCCGUGGGAUGACGAGCCGGACAAGGUGGCGGCGUGGGCCGAGGGCCGGACCGGCUUCCCCCUCAUCGACGCAGUGAUGCGACAGCUGCGGGCAACAGGAUGGGUUCAUCACUUGGCGCGCCACCUUGUGGCCUGUUUCCUCACCCGCGGCUACCUGUGGCAGAGCUGGGAGGCCGGUGCGGGAGUGUUCAACUCGCUCCUUCUCGACGCCGACCACUACCUCAACAUCGGCAACUGGCUCUGGCUCUCAGCCUCGGCCUUUUUCCACCAGUACUGGCGGGUGUACUCACCGAUCAGCUUUGGCAACAAGUAUGGAGCGUCUGCCCACGCCUAUGUCCGCCGCUGGGUUCCCGAGCUUGCCCGUCUGCCAGACAAGCACCUCAUGGCACCGUUCGACGCACCGGAGGACGUGCUCGCCGACGCGGGCGUGGUCCUUGGGCGCGACUAUCCAGAGCCGAUCGUUGACCAUGCGGCAGCCAAGACUGCGAACCUUACCAAGAUGAAGGCUGCCUACGCGGCCAAGCGCCGCGGCGAUCCGAGCGCGGCUGCCGGGGGGAACGACGCAGGCAGCAGUGCUGCGGCUGUUGGGAGCAAGCGCCGGGUCAGCGGAGCCGAAGGCGAGCCGGCAGGGAAGCGUGCCAAGGCGUAGGCGAUGAGAAAUGUACGAAUGCAGGUCUUACGUUGGACAUGGCUGUGGUAGACACUUGCUGCAAAUGUACGGACGCAACCAAUCGGCAAGACCACCACCGAGUAUUGGGAGGUGACCCUUCCCGACGACCCACCGAUUGCGCUCUCACCCGAGUCCUCAUCGGCUACCUCGUUGGCGAGCUCCCGCGAUGCUUGAACAGACAACGUGGAGACACGACUGUCUCCGCCAGGCCGCAGCCCAGCCUAUCACAGCCUGCGUGGAAGCUCCCGUCUUUGCCUACCGUUCAAUCGUCGUCAGAGUCCGUGGCGUCGAAAGCGUCGGCAGCCUCGCGGAAAGCUUCAACAGCCAAGCCGUCCACCUCGUCUCGGGCUGUCGCGCCAGCACUCGAUCCGUCGUGGCACUCGACAGAUGCUCCGCUUGUCGUCCAGCCGCCAGCGACGUCGACGUCAACACUCUCUGCCAUCCGUCUCCACUUCAACGUCGCUCUCGUCGUCAUCGCUCGUCAUCAUCGCGCUCGUUGAUAUCGAGCUUGGUAACAUCAGCGACGUCUUCUGACGAGGUCGGCCUUUUUCACGUGACUAGCGAAAGAAGGAUG